CUCGUUUUAUUUCCCAAACCCCACCGUCUUUUUCGAUCACAGCACAUCGCUUGUGAUCACUUCCUUACAACAACACCGCAAUCAUGGCUUCUAACGACAAGGGUUUGGAGGAGAUCCCCGAGGGACAGAUCGAGUCUAACUACGAUGAGAUCACCGACUCCUUCGACUCCAUGGACCUCAAGCCCGAGCUCCUUCGCGGUAACGAUGUCAUUGCUCAGGCCCAGUCCGGUACUGGAAAGACUGCCACUUUCUCCAUCUCCGCUCUCCAGAAGAUCGACCACAACCUCAAGGCCUGCCAGGCCCUGAUUGUCGCUCCCACCCGUGAGUUGGCUCAGCAGAUCCAGAAGGUCGUCAUUGCCAUCGGUGACUUCAUGAACAUUGAGUGCCACGCCUGUAUUGGUGGUACCAACGUCCGUGACGACAUGACCGCUCUCCGCAACGGCCCCCAGGUCGUUGUCGGUACCCCCGGUCGUAUCCACGAUAUGAUCCAGCGCCACGUCCUCAAGACCGACCAGAUGAAGCUGUUCAUCCUCGACGAGGCCGAUGAGAUGCUUUCUCGUGGUUUCACCGAGCAGAUCUACGACAUCUUCCAGCUCCUUCCCCAGUCCACCCAGGUCACCCUGCUCUCUGCCACCAUGCCCCAGGAUGUCCUUGAGGUCACCACCAAGUUCAUGCGUGACCCCGUCCGUAUCCUGGUCAAGAAGCAGGAACUUACCCUCGAAGGUAUCAAGCAGUUCUACAUUGCCGUUGAGAAGGAGGAGUGGAAGCUCGACACCCUCUCCGACUUGUACGAGACUGUCACCAUCACCCAGGCCGUCAUCUUCUGCAACACCCGCCGCAAGGUCGACUGGCUCACCGACAAGCUCACUGCCCGUGACUUCACUGUCUCCGCCAUGCACGGUGACAUGGAGCAGGGCCAGCGUGAUGUUAUCAUGAAGGAGUUCCGUUCCGGAUCUUCCCGUGUCCUGAUCGCCACUGACCUUCUGGCCCGUGGUAUCGAUGUCCAGCAGGUUUCCCUGGUCAUCAACUACGAUCUCCCCGCCAACCGUGAGAACUACAUCCACCGUAUCGGUCGUGGUGGUCGUUUCGGUCGUAAGGGUGUUGCCAUCAACUUCGUCACCGCUGACGAUGUCCGUAUGAUGCGCGAGAUCGAGCAGUUCUACAGCACCCAGAUCGAGGAGAUGCCCAUGAACGUUGCUGACCUCAUCUAAACACCUUAAUUCCCGAAUCACCUCAUGCCCCUCGAUGCGGAUGACGAAUGCAGUUGCCAAUAACGCUCCAAGGGUGAGCUGCGGUGGGAAAGACGUUCUGUC